AUGAUUAAAACACAACAGACCACAAAAAAUUUUCUUUCCAUUUUUUUUAAAUAUAUUUUUCAGGUUAAAUUCGAAUCAGAAUAUCACCAAGUACGUCGAUCUAUUGAAGAUUUAAAAACUAAAAUUGCAUGGAAACGGGAUCAAGUUGGUCGUCUAAGGCAUCGAAUUGCUGGAAUGGAAAGCCAUAGUGAAAGAAAUCAAAGAAAUAUUGUUCUUUUGGAGAAGAAAAUGUUAGCACAUUAUGAACGAAUCAACAAAACUUCUUUGAAAAUAGCAGAUAUUCGUUUGCUUUCAGAACAUACACGAGCAAAGUUAAACGAACGGCUAGCUCUUAUUGCCAAAGUUCUCAUCCAAAUAUUUCGAUUUGAGAAGCGUCAAUUAUCCACUUCGGCAAAUAAUCCAAUUCCUGCAUGGACUGGACAAUCAAAAAUGAGCAGAGCAGCUUUUUUGAUCUCAUCAUCUCAAAAUUCUUCUCACCCAUUAAUCAUCGAAUCCUUAGCAUCACUCGAAUUUCUUUCUCAAUUUAUUCACGUCCUUGCCCGUUUUCUUGAUUUCCAUUUGCCUUAUAAAUUUUUAAAUAAAGAAUUUUCUUUAUUUGGAUUCGGAAGUGGUGCUAGAAUUAAUUCUUCUUCAACAACAUUAGAACAAUCUCUCAGACAAAUACUUUUUAAAUUGGAUUAUUCUUUGGCACAUUUAUGUUUAAGUAAAGGAUUGCCUUCGGAAGAAUGUGAAUUAACUGAACCUUUUGCUAAUUUGUAUACUUUUUUGGUUAAAAUUGUUGGAAUGAAGUUAACAACAAAUUGUGCACCUCAAAUGGAUCACCGUUUAUUGCGACAGAUAAUGCAACAAUUUGCCAUUGUAAAACCUGAUGGACGGAUCAACAGCGAAUUUACUCUUGAUAAUGUAUAUUUUUUUAAAAAUUAUUUUUAACUGGGAAGAGUGUCUCUAUUUUUAUGUAAUUAAAUCAACUACAAAGGCUGCUUUCUUUGGGACCUUUUUAGAUUUUAAUUAUUUUUUUUAUUGAUAAUUAUUGAGUAGGAGGGUGUUUCACGAUAUAUAAGAAAUAAAGCUCCCACGUUCCCCGCAGGUUCUAAUCCUCCCGUUGGCUAAACUUUUACUUGAUUGCUAUUUUUCAGAUUUGCGAUAUUUCCCUUUUUUCCAUAUUAGAUUUCUUUUUACUCUUUUGUCUCUUA